AUGAACACCAUCGACGUCUCAGGCAACCCGCAGUUCGUGAAAGAUAUGACCAAGCAGAGAUCAGUCUUUCAGGCUGACCGGUCUCAGAAGGGCCAGCAGCCUCGAGGAGGAAAGCCCCGAGCCGAACUGAUUGUGGACUUUAUGUUCCAUCUCGCUAUCAGCAACAACCAGCCCGGCUUUAAUCUGCGAACCUCUUUUGUCCCUCUUGCUUAUCCUCCAUGCACCUCUCCCGUGGGCGACUUGAAGCAGAUCAUGAUCGGGGAUCUUCUUCUUGAAACUCGUCACCGCGGCAGCUACAUCAUUCUCAGAACAGUCACCCCUCCGCAUCGAAUGACUGCCAUCAUGGCUAUUGUAGAAGACGAGCAAGAUAAUGUCGUCAGAUUCCAGAUGUAUCACCAGGACAAAACUGAAAAGGUUCUUGAGGAAGGGACUGUCAUGAUUCUGAAAGAACCUUACUUGAAAGUUUCAGCGACUGAUGGGGGCUAUGCAAUUCGUGUGGAUCAUCUCUCGGACGUGAUCUAUCUCCCCAAGCAUGACGAGCGGAUUCCUAAUUGCUGGCAGCCGAGACUUGUAGAGAUUAUCACUUCUGCUAGCAAGUGGAAGGAAGUAGGGAAUGGUUAUUUCUACGAAGCCAAAUUUCGCGAGGCUCUAGAUUGCUACUCUGAAGCCCUCAACUGCUCACCCAAGGUACAGGAAGAACAGGCGCUCCGGCUCAAUCGCGCUCUUUGCUUCCUCAAGACCAGCCAGUUUGAUUCUGCACUCGCUGAGCUCAAACCAAUGAAAUCAGCGGCACUGCCUACCGAAAAGGCUUUACUCCGGCACGCCCAAGCUCUCUACUGUCUCCAAAAGCACCGCGAGUGCUGCAAAACGCUCACGGUCAUUCGAAAGGAAUAUCCCGAGAAUGAAACUGCCAAGGACAUGUUCACCCGCGCUAUCGAGCGAGUUGCAGAGCAGGAAAAGGGAAGGUACCGAUUCAAGCUCAUGCAAGCGGAAGCGAGCAAGCUUCGUCCACCGCACCUUGACCAUGCCACAUACGUUGGCCCGGUUGUUAUCAAGCCCUGUGAUCAGGGGGGACGUGGUCUAUUUACCACCCAGGCAGUCAAAGCUGGAGAUCUUCUUCUCUGCGAAAAGGCCCUCGCGCAUGCGUUUAUUGACGAGGAGCCUGCGCUCGGGAGCGUGGAUAUCACUGUGCUGAUCAAUGCUGAAACAAAUACUGUGACCAUGGGAGGACAGACGGAUCUCAUUACCAUGGUUAUCCAGAAGCUUCACCGAAACCCGUCGCUGGCGCCGGUGAUCAAGGAUCUUUAUCAUGGAUCGUACAAACAGUCGAUGUUUCUCACAUUGAUGGCAUGCCGAUUUCUGGUUGAACGUGCCGUGUCCUACAACUGCUUCGGCUGCUGCCUCUCCUCCCGGGAAUACCACAUGCGAUUCGAGCUGAUCAUCGACAAUCUCGACCCGGACAAGGCCUUCCACUCCUGCGGUCUCUGGCCUUUGGCAUCUUCUAUGAACCAUUCCUGCAACAGCAACGCCGACCACUCCUACAUCGGGGACAUGAUGAUCGUUCGUGCCAGCAAGAAUAUCCCACCCAACACCGAGAUCACACUCAUGUACCAGACGCCCAGCCCAGACAGCAACCGCGAACUCCAGAAGCGGCUCCGCCACUGGGGCUUCCAGUGCAACUGCGUCAUCUGCAAGGACUUCCAGUCCACGAAGAAGAGCGUCCUCGCCAAGCGCAAGAGACUGCGAAAUGAGCUGUACAGGUGCUUCAAAGCUACUGACGGUAUGCCUCGCAAGCGAAUCGACCUGCCCAAAAUCGAGACCAUCAUCUCUGCUAUGACGGAGACGUACGCCUGCCCGCCUACUGAAGUCCCACGCUUGUUCAUGUGGGCGCCGCUGCUGUGCCUGGCGCAGAAGUAUGCCGACACUUGCCAGCCGGCGAAGGCUAUUACGGCGGCGCUAAAGACUUUCGAAUGCCUGGGCUAUGUCAUUGAAGGUGGGAAGUUGCCUCGCAAGCCUGGCACACCGUUGGUUGUUAAGCAAUGGGGAUACAUGGCUGAUACCCUUGUUCAGUGCUGGGGCAUUCUUUGGCGCGCUUAUUCUGUGCUUGCGCCGGAGCUUUUGGCGCAGGUUGAUCAGAAUGCCAGGCUCACGUACAGGGUUUGUGUUGGCGAGGAUGAGACCUACGAGCAGACUUAUGGGACGCAUACGAUUUGA